GGUUGGUGGGACCCCAGCACCAUCUCCAGAGGGAUCCAAUGGCUCAGAUUGGGCGGAUGGUCUGGGGAGGCGGGUCAUGCAGGCAAGGGGACUGACAAACCCCUUCUUUCCGCCCGCCCUCAGCCCAACUCAGCAACAGGACAGACACUGCCACUCCUAUCAGAAAGUGUAAUCACCCACUCCCUCCAGUUUGAAGACAUUUCUCAAGAAAGGAAAAUAAAACAACCGUGUUGGAACUAUCGCUCACUCAUUGGGCCUUAUUUUGUGAUAACGUUUUCACAAGAUUGAGACACUGUCUGGGACACAAGACUCGACGCAGGAGAAUGGAGGAAGCUUCAGGCCAGUCACGGUGGUUAGGCCACCAGGCCCUGCUGGGUGCUGGCCAGGAACCUCUGCUCCACUACGCAGAUGAGAUCCCCCUUCCGUCUACCGCCAAUGAGGCCGAUGUUUUCUUCAGCCACACCGAGGUGGAUGGCAGCCUAGCCCAGCCAUACUAUGCCAGCCCCGUCCAUGGCAGGGCCAUUGGGAAUUAUCGGCACGGUUGCCAGGUCUACUCCCCUCACUUGCUGAACAGCCUGCAGUGGAUGGAGGGGGGUCAGGCGAUUGGCCACACAUAUGGUGGGGCCUGGUCAACGGUUGGGGCCUAUGCCAAGGCCUCACUGCCACUGUACCAGGCUUCCUCUAGCCUCAGCUCGCCUCACCACAGCCAGCACCUCUUUGGCUUCACGUCGCCUCUGAAGGAGGCUGGUCACGAGGAGCCGGGGGCCAGCUUAGGCAAGGAGAGCCCCAAGUAUGCCGAGGUGAUGAAAGUGGAGAGGGAGAGCCCUCAGAACCCCACACUCCAUCCGUCGGGCCUGGAUGAUGGCCUUGGCCAGAGCAGUCACCUCCAGCUUUACAACGGGAGCUUCUACCAAACCUCAGGGGUCUCAGAGCUGGAAGGCCAUUCCGCAUCUCUAAAGCACAAGUUGACAUUAUCGCCAUGCGAAGCUCGGGAAUGUGUGAACUGUGGAGCAACAGCGACACCACUAUGGCGGAGAGACGGCACUGGACACUAUCUCUGUAAUGCCUGCGGCCUCUACCACAAAAUGAAUGGCCAGAACCGACCACUCAUUAGGCCCAAGAAGCGCUUGAUUGUAAGCAAGCGAGCAGGUACACAGUGUGCCAACUGCCACACCAGCACCACCACACUAUGGCGUCGUAACAUCAAUGGAGACCCUGUCUGCAACGCAUGUGGGCUGUACUACAAACUGCACCAUGUGAACAGACCUCUGACCAUGAAGAAGGAUGGCAUCCAGACCCGCAACCGGAAGGUCUCAAACAAGUCGAAGAGGAUGAAGAAAUCCCAGGAGGCCUUCAGCGACCUGCCUAAGGAUGUGGGGGGCGAGGGUUCACCUUUCCCUUUGGGAUCGGCCGCCUUCCAGAGCCACCUGACCUCUGUCAGUCAUAUGGUGCCCUACAGCCAUGCCCCCCACCUGCUGACCAGCCCCCUGCAUCCUCAAUCGAGCCUGAGCUACAACCAUCGCCCCUCAACCAGCAUCGUUUCAGCCCUCAGCUAAGGCAGGCUCCUUCCCACCCUGCCAGAGACAGUGUCUCACACCGAUGGAUGACAGAUCACCAAAUCCCCUCAGCAUCCGCAUGCAGGGGCUGAACCCUUGCAAACUCUUAACCAGGUGACAUGUGCGUGCUCCCAGCAAAGGGGCAACAGAUUCACACUUCAAUGGACUGCACAGAUUUUCUCCCUAAGAAUGUUAACCUGCCCUGGCUCUGAUCUGGAUUCCUGACCGAAGCCAGAUUCGCAUAUAGUGCUUUCUUUCACACUCACACACACACAUAUAUAUAUAUAGAUAUAUAUGUAUUGUAUUUCAAUAAUCCCACAUUUACACAUCAACUCGUGACUUUGUUUCGUUUAACGCUUGUUCAACUGACCGAGUCAAAGAGGAAGAGCAGAGAAUGAACAUCCAUGAGAGGAGGAGAAUGUUAUCUUUAUCAAACCCAGGUGAAAUUUCUUGACACCAUCAUCUUGGUCACUGUGCAGCCACCACUUUCUGUGCAUCUUCUUUCCUGCUCUGUUUGAAAUGGAGUCCUCAGCGGGGUCUACACCCCAGCAACAUCUCAACCAAUGAAGAGUCGACAUGUCAUGAAUUCGUGCCCUUUGUCCUCGUGUGUAAUGAAAAGCCGUUAUGAAAUUUGGUAUUCUUGCAUGUGUUCUGACAUUGAGACAUAUUGCCAGGGUCUCUUGAUGUUUGCCCAGCAAUAUCCUGUUCCAGAUGAAAACAGACACCAGGCCUUUUGAGAACUGCAUUCAGAAGAAUCUUUCACUGACGUGGCCUUCGGAUUUCACUCUGUGCUUUUUGUUUGGAAACCUCCUCGCACUACACCCCGUCUCUAUCUCUAUCACCCCUCCAGCCCCUACACCCCCUCCCUAUCUCUGUCACCCCCUCCCUAUCUCCGUCACCUCCUCCAGCCCCUACACCCCCUCCCUAUCUCUGACACCUCUCCAGCCCCUACAACCCCUCCCUAUCUCUGACACCUCUCCAGCCCCUACACUCCCUCCCUAUAUCUAUCACCUCCAUCAGCAUCUACUUCCUUGUCUGUCUAUCCCUGUCACCUCCUCCAUCCUUUACAGUUUUCCCUAUCUCUUUCACAUCCUCCAGCUGUUACAAGCUUCACUAAUUUUGUCUCCAAUACGUCUGAUAGUGGCCCGCUCAGCUCUUUUUGGGGAUUUGGGGGCGGGGGGGCGGCGGUGUUGCGUGAGCUUUUGGAAUUCCAUCCCUAAAUCUGCCUACCUCAAUUUCUUCAAAACGAUUCUCUUUGGUCAGGAUUUUGGUCACAUGUUUCUAACACCUCCUUACAUGACUCAGCAUCCGAUUUUAUGUUGCAGCACUCCUACAAAGUGCCUUGGGGACGUUUUAUUCCAAUGACUGCUCUGUAAAAACACGACUUGUCAAUGUUGUUGUGUUAGUUGCUCUGGAAGAAAUGUCAAGUGCAAUGCACAGUGUGCAUUUUACAUAUGUUAUUAUAGCAUUAACCAUUCAAUAA